GAUCCUUCUUUGCCUUCGAUACCCCCUAUCUAACGAUUUAGUGUCUCGACUUUCGUUUACCACUUGUUCAUCGCAUUUAACAACCACCUUCCAUUGCCAUGAAGCUCUUUGCUCACUUCGCACCACUCACCGCCCUUGUCACAUGCCUCGUCGGCGGGGCCUCUGCACAAACUAUUGCGAUCGGAUAUCCGCCCGAGGGGUUCAGUGUCUCACCGAACAGCUCGCUGACCGUCCAGGUCGACCGCCCGAACUCCCUCACCGGCUCACAAGAGGUCGCCAUCAUCAUCUCCCUCGCGCACUGCCCAUCGUCGAACGUGCCCCACUGUCUCGACCCGACGCAGCUCCUCGGACCCACGCUUUACUACGGUCCUUUCGAUCCGCAGUACCCUAGCUUCCGCACGCCGCAGGACGUGCCGCAGCAGAAUUUCACGGUGACCGUGCCCGCGGCGUUGCAAAAUGGCACAGCGGUGCUGACUGUCACGCACCUCAGUCUCGUCGGAGCUGGACCGUACCCGUUGUUUGAGUUCAAGAAUGUCACGCUCGAUGUGCAGCCGCAGCAGUGAUCGCCCGAAAGCACGCUCAUGCCAAAAAUGAUAUUGACUUUCGCAUUCCUGUUUGACGCGUACUUUGGACAGAGACAGGGACAGAUACAGACUCUGUUUCGUAUCGGAAGCUUACUCUUGGACUUGUAGGUAGUAUACGUCCUCUCGUACUCUGUUGCGUGCACCCGUUUCGCGUUCUCGAGAAGUACGUACUCAAGUCACGGGUUCUAGCUUUGCACCUGUACUGGUUAUCACCGAUCGGACGUCUUGUAGGGCUGUUUUGUGGGACCUACUCCAUAACAAUCACCAUCCCUAAUCCAAAUAUCAUCGAUCACCUUUACAAUCG